CCCUCUCCCUAUAACUACGCUAUCACCUUCAUCUUCUUCUUAUUCCUCUCAUUUUCUCAUUCUUUCACCUUCAAUGGCUUCUUCUUCUUCUUCAAUUCCUUGUACCAUCUACUUCUUCUUCAUCUUUCUCUCUAAUUUUGCUUCGGCCACCCUACGUGUCGGUUUCUACCGUUCAUCUUGUUCUGAUGCCGAGGCGAUUAUCAAGAGUGUUGUCAACCAAGCUAUCUCUCAUAACCCCGGCGUUGCUGCAGGCCUCAUUCGAAUGCACUUCCAUGAUUGUUUCGUUAGAGGUUGCGAUGGGUCAGUGCUGCUGAAAUCCACACCCAAAAACCAAGCAGAAAGAGACCAUCCAGCAAACUUCCCAAGCUUACGAGGUUUCGAGGUAAUCGACGAAGCCAAGGCCCAACUCGAGGCCAUAUGUCCCAACACCGUGUCCUGCGCCGACAUUCUUGCCUUCGCUGCCCGCGACACUGCCUAUAGAGUCGGAGCCAUCAAUUACACAGUGCCAGCCGGCCGCCGCGACGGCCGUAUCUCAAUAAAGCAAGAAGCUUCAACCCUCCCGACACCCUCUUCCAACGCCGACCAACUCAUCAAGUCCUUCGCCAACAAAGGGCUGUCCGCGGCGGAGAUGGUGACACUUUCCGGCGCCCACUCCAUUGGAGUAGCUCACUGCCCCGCCUUCUCCAACCGCCUUUAUUCCUUCAACGCAACGCACCCACAAGACCCUUCCAUGGACCCCUCAUAUGCAGAGUACUUGAAGACCAAGUGCGCGCCGCCUAAUGGCGGUGGCCGGAGCGAGCAACCGGCGGUGGCGCUCGAGUUUUUUAGCCGUAAUCGUUUGGAUAAUUGGUACUAUGUUGAAUUGAAGAACCGUCGUGGGGUGUUGAGCUCCGAUCAGACAUUGUUGAGUAGCUCUUCCACCAAGAAAAUGGUGAUGGAUAAUGCGAGGUAUGGGUCUAAAUGGGCUACUAAUUUUGGAAACGCCAUGGUUAAAAUGGGUUCCAUUGACGUUCUUACAGGAUCACAAGGGGAGAUCAGGCGCCAUUGUAGCUUUGUGAAUUGAUUUCAGACAUUUAAUUUGAUCACCCAAUUAAGCUUCUCAUAGGAACAACAACAAUUCUCUUGUUUUGUUCAAAUUCAUUCAUUGAUUUUAAAUAUUCUAUUUUUUCA